CGACAGCACUCUACUGUUGCAGCUGCUCCCCAUCAGCCUCUCUCCCCGUCGCCAGACUGCUGUUCGAGACAAGAGCACACCAUCCGCGCUUCUCCCUCCAUCCAGUCUAGUGAGUACCUAGGUAGUGUGUGGCCCUGUCCCGCCCCAGCGCCGACCGAGCCCUUUACCCGGAAUUGAGACACAUAUAUUCCUCCCCCUCCUAGACUACCUGCGCGCUCAGCCGAAGGACCCUCCUCCAAAGAAGCUUCCUUUUGUCCUCUCGACUCGUCUCCUCUCCUCUCGCCUGACUUGACUGACAGUUAGUUCUCGCCUUUGCAGUUCACAGAGCUCGUUCCGACCUCGCCGAAGCAGGUUCCCUCCACCGUCACCCUCCAUUGUCGUACCCUCUCAGCACCUGCAAAGGUCUCAUCUUUCCUCCCCUCGCACGCUCCAAUUUUCCCGCACCACGGCAAACCGAACCCAGACAUUCCCUGGCGGCAGCAGCAUGUCUGAGGGAAACGUCCAGCCGACGUCGCACGCCGUCGUGCAGGAGGCGCAAGAGGUCGACACUUACCACGUCCCCAAGGCCUUCUUCGACAAGCACCCGCAUGAGAAGCCCCAUAUCAAUGGCCUCGACGAGUACAAGAAGAUGUACAAGGAGUCCGUCGAGGAGCCCGACAAGUUCUGGGGCAAUCUCGCCCGCGACCUCCUCACCUGGGAGCGCGAUUUCCAGACGGUGCACUCCGGCAGCUUCGAGAAUGGCGACAAUGCUUGGUUCCUCGAGGGCAGGCUGAACGCCUCGUACAACUGCGUCGAUCGCCAUGCCUUCAAGAACCCCGACAAGCCCGCCAUCAUCUACGAGGCCGACGACGAGGGCGACGGCCGCAUCAUCACGUACGGCGAGUUGCUGCGCCAGGUGUGCAAGGUCGCCUUCACUCUCAAGCAGAUGGGCGUCAAGAAGGGAGACACAGUCGCCGUCUACCUGCCCAUGAUCCCCGAAGCCAUCGUCACCCUUCUCGCCUGUACACGUAUCGGCGCCGUCCACUCGGUCGUCUUCGCCGGCUUCUCCUCCGACUCCCUGCGCGACCGCAUCAUUGACGCCGAGUCCAGGAUCGUCGUUACCACGGACGAGGGCAAGCGCGGUGGAAAGGUCAUUGGCACCAAGAAGAUUGUCGACGAGGCCCUGAAGCAGUGCCCCAACGUCACUCACUGCCUUGUCUUCAAGCGCACCAACGCCGAUGUCCCAUGGACCAAGGGCAGGGAUUACUGGUGGCACGAGGAGGUCGAAAAGUACCCCAACUACAUUCCCCCGGAGCCCAUGAACUCGGAGGACCCGCUCUUCCUGCUCUACACGUCCGGUUCGACUGGCAAGCCCAAGGGCGUCAUGCACACGACUGGUGGUUAUCUUCUGGGUGCCGCCGCGACCGGAAAGUACGUAUUCGACAUCCACGACAAGGACAUCUUCUUCUGCGGUGGUGACGUGGGAUGGAUCACUGGCCACACCUACGUCGUCUACGCUCCGCUCCUGCUCGGUGUUGCUACCGUCGUCUUCGAGGGCACCCCCGCCCACCCCAACUUCUCGCGCUACUGGGACAUCGUCGAGAGGUAUCAAGUCACCCAGUUCUACGUUGCGCCCACUGCGCUGCGUCUGCUGAAGCGUGCGGGUGACCACCACGUCAAGCACCAGAUGAAGAGCCUGCGUAUCCUGGGCUCCGUGGGUGAGCCCAUUGCCGCCGAGGUCUGGAAGUGGUACUUUGAGGUGGUCGGAAAGGAGGAGGCACACGUUGUGGAUACAUACUGGCAGACCGAGACUGGCUCUCACGUCAUUACACCCCUUGGUGGUGUUACCCCCACGAAGCCUGGAUCUGCCUCUCUCCCCUUCUUCGGCAUCGAGCCCGCCAUCAUCGAUCCCGUCUCCGGCAAGGAGAUCCACGGCAACGAUGUCGAGGGCGUGCUUGCCUUUAAGAAGCCGUGGCCCAGCAUGGCCCGCACAGUGUGGGGAGCGCACAAGCGCUACAUGGAGACGUACCUGACCGUGUACCCGGGCUACUACUUCACCGGCGAUGGUGCCGGACGUGACCACGAAGGCUACUACUGGAUCCGUGGACGUGUCGACGACGUUGUCAACGUUUCUGGACACCGGUUGUCGACUGCGGAGAUUGAGGCGGCGCUGAUUGAGCAUGCUGCUGUGGCUGAAGCCGCCGUGGUGGGUAUCCAUGACGAACUGACUGGCCAAGCCGUCAACGCCUUUGUUGCCAUCAAGGACGGCAACGACCCCACGGACCAGCUCAAGAAGGACCUGAUUCUGCAGGUGCGCAAGUCGAUUGGACCUUUUGCGGCACCCAAGGCCGUCUUUAUCGUUCCCGAUCUGCCCAAGACGCGGUCUGGGAAGAUUAUGCGCCGCAUUCUGCGCAAGAUUCUGGCUGGCGAGGAGGACCAGCUGGGCGACACGUCGACGCUCUCGGAUCCAUCGGUUGUCGGCAAGAUCAUCGACACGGUGCACCGGGCGAAGAAAUAGAGGUCGGUGGACUGAGGGACGAAGGGGAAAAGGAGACGGGGGACGACAAAUGAUGAAUGAUUUUAUUCGAGUGCAGAUGUCAUGUUGACGAUAGGAAGGGUUGAAGACCCUAUAUAUGUACGUAUAACGAAGCAAAGCGAUGUAGCGGAUGGUAGCCGGAACGGCGGGGAGAGUGGUUCGAGCGAUGGCGAGCAGGAACAAAUCCUUUCUGUUGUGCGAUGCAGUUGUAGUUGUCUACUAUGUAGGCUAUGGGUCGCUAUGUACUCUGUGCUCCGUAUGUCCAUUGUAUCCAUUAUAUCCAUCAUAUCC